AUGGCCAUCCUGAUGCCGAACUCAGCUCACGGCUCCACAUCAGUCUCAGAGGAUGAAGCAGGGGAACCAGCAGAGCUCCGGCCACAGCCUCGAGGAAGAAAAGCUCUGUUUAAACGGCAACCUGAACCUCAGUGGGCUACUAAAUCUGACAUCAUUACGAUGACCACUGACCGCAAAACCUUCUUCUCCUCUGAACUGUAA